CCCUGUGACGUUAGGGCGCGACCGCAUUGCAUUGUGGUCACCGGUGCUUAGCUCGAAACAGAAACCACACAGAACUACGGUUAAUUCUCAUCGACGGCACCUUUUGUCUUGGACGGGACAUUCAAAGUGUUUGUGUUAUAGAUCAGCUUUUGGGUUGCAGCCAUGUCGUCAACAUCCCAAAAACAUAAAGACUUUGUGGCUGAGCCCAUGGGUGAGAAACCUGUGAUGGCUCUUGCUGGCAUUGGAGAGGUCCUUGGAAAAAGGCUGGAGGAAAAGGGUUUUGAUAAGGCAUAUGUUGUCCUCGGGCAGUUUCUUGUGCUCAAGAAAGAUGAGGAGCUUUUCCGAGACUGGUUGAAAGAUACCUGUGGUGCAAAUGCCAAACAGCAAGGUGACUGCUAUGGCUGUCUCAAAGAAUGGUGCGACGCUUUCUUAUAAACAUUGUACAACCACUGUUUUCUACACCCAAAGUUUAAAAUGUGUGUUUCCUCUUCUGUGAUCUGGAUUAAUUUCAGCUGCAACAUGUGUGUGAUCUUCAUAAAUUACACUAAUUAGGUUGACUGGCACAUGCUGUUCUCUAGUAAGCCUGAAUAGGUCCAAAUUAAGAUGCAUUAUUUUAUUGAUUUAUUAUUAAAUUUAAAAGUUGUGCAGAAGAUAGUUGCAAGAUGUGAUAAUUCUAAAAGUCAAUACUAUCUGUUCAUUGUCAAUAACCAUUUUAUCCCAACAUUUUGACCCAUGUUAGAAGUUAAAGCUAACACUGUUCAUAUAAACAGCUUGGAGUUGAAUUUAAUGUAGCUUUAUUGAUGUUAUUAUACCUGUGCUUAAAGUCAAUUGUCUUCUGUGAGGAAAAAUCUGUUGAUGAGCAUGCAGCUGAAACUUCAAUGUACACUGCUCAGUUUCAUUACUGGUAUGUUCAUUUUUCCCUGAACAAUUGGAAUGUAAUGUUCUUCAAGACUAAAUUUUCACUGUAUGGUUCAGCUACAGUUUGUAAUGUACUGAAAAUAUGCCUUCUUUAAUCUUAACAAUAUAGUUUGUGUUUUAAACCUUUUACCUUUUAGAAAAUGGAUUUAAGCCUUUUUUUUUUUUUUUAAUCUUAAACCACAUUGCAAUUCAAUUACCACGUGCUGUAGACCCACCACAAACUUUCUAAAUAUUUUUAUGGAGGUGAACUGUCAGAAGUGUUUUGCAGAGGAUGCAGCGGAUUGGUGUGAAAUGUGAAUUAAUCCUGAACCGACUCAACACUGAUCUUUGCAGGAAUGCAGAUGACGUAGAACUGUUUGUAUAAAAGCUGUUGUUUUAACUUUUGAUACUGAAAAUGAACAAGCAGCAUGGCCACAUGCCACAUCUGAGCUGCUCUUUAGUCUGUUCGGACCUGAAGAUGGAAAUGCAUAUAAAUAAAGAUACAGCAAACCUAGAUAGUCUCAAUAAACCUAUAACCUAAAUUAGGAGUUUAUUGCAUUUUUGUUUGAAGUGGCUUUAAAUGAAGAUAAAAUCAUUCCCAGAUUUUUGAUCUUCAUAGCUGAGCUUGAUGUUGUCUUGAGAUGUUUUUGAAAACAUGAGAUGCCUUAAUGCAUGCUGCUGCAAACAUUUAAGUCUGAUAUGAUAUAAAAUCCACAGAAGUGCAUGCUCAUUCUGCAUCACAUAAUCUUAAAUUCAUAUCAAUCAGCACUUAUAUCCUCUAGUCACAGCUGUUUGAAGGUGUAAUCAUGAUGUUCUUUGUUAAAACACUGGCCGUGUGUUUUCACGUGACUGAAAACCUUCCAGGUUUUAUAUUGCUUUUAUUAUAAAACAAUUAAAGUCAAGUGCCCUA